AUGGGGCCCCCUGGAAGGCGAGCUUGCAAAAGGCAGGAAUCACGCUGUACCGACCCUGCUUUUGAAUUUCCCACCCUGGAGCAGCUGCUGACAGAGCUGGAAGACUUCCUCAAGAUUCUCGACCAGGAGAACCUGAGCAGCACAGCCGUGGUGAAGAAGAGUGGUCUGGCCGAGCUCCUCCGGCUUUACACCAAAAGCAGCAAUUCCGAUGAGGAGUACAUUUAUAUGAACAAAGUGAUGGUCACCAAGCAACACAAUGCUGAGUCCCAAGACAAAGCGCCCGAGGAGCAGAGCCCACUGACCAACGGGGAGCCCAGCCAGCACUCCUCAGCCCCUCAGAAGAGCCUUCCGGAUCUCCCACCCCCCAAGAUCAUUCCAGAACGGAAACAGUUCUCCGUCCCAAAGAUCGAGUCUCCAGAGGGUUACUAUGAAGAGGCUGAGCCAUAUGACAUGUCCCUCAACGGUCAUUCUGGCAGAUUUCCCCCCACUGGAGUCCCCAGAUGGGUGCAGGUGCCCGAAGGAGUCAUUUACGCCACGAUCACCUUAGAGGAUGGAGAGGCUGUGAGCAGCUCCUACGAGUCCUAUGACGAGGAGGAAAGCGGCAAGGGCAAGUCGGCCCCCUACCAGUGGCCCUCGCCUGAGGCCAGCAUCGAGCUGAUGCGAGAUGCCCGCAUCUGUGCCUUCCUGUGGCGCAAGAAGUGGCUGGGGCAGUGGGCCAAGCAGCUCUGCGUCAUCAAGGACACCAGACUCCUGUGUUACAAAUCCUCCAAGGACCACAGCCCUCAGCUGGACGUGAACCUGCUGGGCAGCAGCGUCGUGUACAAGGAGAAGCAAGUGCGGAAGAAGGAACACAAGCUGAAGAUCACGCCGAUGAACGCCGACAUGAUCGUGCUGGGCCUACAGAGCAAGGACCAGGCUGAGCAGUGGCUCAGGGUCAUCCAGGAGGUGAGCGGCCUGCCUUCAGAAGGCACGUCCGAGGGAAACCAGUACACCCCAGAUGCCCAGCGUCUCAACUGUCAGAAGCCAGAUAUAACUGAGAAGUACCUGUCAUCCUCAGAGUAUGGAAGCUCCGUAGAUGGCCACCCUGAGGUCCCAGAGACCAAAGAUGUCAAGAAGAAAUGUUCUGCUGGCCUCAAACUGAGCAACCUAAUGAACCUGGGCAGGAAGAAAUCUACCUCACUGGAGCCUCCAGAGAGGUCCCUCGAGACAGCCAGUUACCUGAACAUACUGGUGAACAGCCAGUGGAAGUCACGCUGGUGCUGCAUCAGGGACAGUCACCUGCACUUUUACCAGGACCGGAACCGGAGCAAGGUGGCCCAGCAGCCCCUCAGCCUGGUGGGCUGUGAGGUGGUCCCGGACCCGAGCCCGGACCACCUGUACUCCUUCCGCAUCCUGCACAAUGGCGAGGAGCUGGCCAAACUGGAGGCCAAAUCUUCUGAGGAAAUGGGCCACUGGCUAGGCCUCCUGCUCUUGGAGUCGGGCUCUAAGACAGACCCAGAAGAAUUCACCUACGACUAUGUGGAUGCAGAUAGGGUUUCCUGUAUUGUGAGUGCGGCCAAAACCUCUCUGCUACUGAUGCAGAGAAAGUUCUCCGAGCCGAACACUUACAUUGAUGGCCUGCCCAGCCAGGAUCACCAGGAACUGCUGUACGAUGACGUGGAGAUGUCGGAGCUGACGGCUGCGGUGGACCCCGAGGAAGCAGCCCCCGCCACAGAUGCUUCAAGCGAGCCAGACCCCGACCGCGUGUACCUGGACCUCACGCCUGUCAAGUCCUUCCUGUACAGCCCAGGGGGUCCCCAGGCCCAGGAGUGCUCCCCCACACCGUCCCACCAGGACCCUCCAGCUGCAGCCCUCCCUGCAGACCCAGGCCCUGCCCCAGAUGAGCCCCUCCUGAAGUCUACAGAUACCCCAGAGCUGCAGCCCACGGAGCAGCGGGAGAGUCUGGAGACUGAAGAGCCUUCCCUGAGAAUCACGACCAUCAAAAUCCAGACUGAACAGCAGAAAAUCUCCUUCCCACCGAGCUGUCCCGACCCAGUGGCUGUCACCCAUGCCGAGGCCAGCGCACCUGUGAAGGACAGGUUGAGGGUGACCUCUGCAGAGAUCAAACUUGGCAAGAACAGGACAGAAGCCGAGGUGAAGCGCUACACAGAGGAGAAGGAGAGGCUUGAGAAGAAAAAGGAAGAAAUCCGGGGACACCUGGCUCAGCUCCGGAAAGAGAAACGGGAACUGAAAGAGACCCUGUUAAAAUGUACAGACAAGGGCGUCCUGAGCAGCCUGGAGCAGAAGCUGAAGGACAUCGACGAGGAGUGCCGGGUCGAGGAGAGCAGGCGUGUGGACCUCGAGCUCAGCAUCGUGGAGGUGAAGGACAACCUGAAGAAGGCCGAGGCUGGGCCCAUGACCCUGGGCACCACCGUGGACACCACCCACCUGGAGAACGUGAGCCCCCGACCCAAAGCUGCUGCCCCCUCCCGUGCCGCAGACUGUACCCCAGUCAACUCUGCAACAGCCCUCAAGAACAGGCCUCUUUCCGUCAUGGUCACAGGCAAAGGCUCGGUCCUUCAGAAAGCCAAGGAAUGGGAGAAGAAAGGAACCAGUUAGGAAACAUGCUUCAUCUAAAGAUUCUCCUGUCAGUAUGGACCUUGGUGACAAUCUUGCUUCAUUAAAGCAGCAACUCUGGCAGAGGGUGAGUCUGUUUAGAAGGAAAAGCAAGGACCGGGGAGCUGCAAAUGGAAAGCUUCGGCUAAGAGGAGGCUCUGUCCCUGUUCAGAGCCAAAGGAAGUGAUACAACAGAAAGUUGUGAUUUUCAAUGGCACCGAUAUCGCCAGUGUAAAACCGUCUAUGGCCCAGUUUUUGAGAAAUGGUAACAAAGGAGAAAAUACCUGGGACCACACUGAGGCACUGUCCACAUUAAGGACUUUUUAAAGCGAUGCUGUAUUAUAUUUUUUAAAAAAUGUUUAAAAUCCUAUGAUUUAGAACAGUGGAGUGUCUUUUGAGAUUUAACUGACUUUUUACAUUACCAUAGGGGGAAAAAAAAAGAUUACCUUGUGUUUACAGAUUCAGUCCUGUGGCCCUGCCAUUCUUAAGGGAAGAGUUAUUUAAAAUAAUGCCACCUUAGUCCCUGUUUUUGAACUUGAGCUUAAUGUCCAGGCCCCUUCCAAGAGAAAAAGUAGUGAAUUUUGUUUUCGUGGUCUCCCUCUUCUCUGAAAACGGGCAGCGCUGUUCUUUGUGCUGUCCCACUCCUUUCUUCGGGUGGCAUUGCUUAUUAACACAGGUUGAACCAUUUCACCUGUCAUCUCUGCCUCAUUUCUGGGGGUUCUGAGUUAGUUCCCUAACACUGGUUCCUGAGAACAAAAGGUCUUUUGACUCUUAUUGUCUUUCUAAUCCCAGGGCAUUUCUUUCCUUUGUCAUAAAAAACACUUGGUGUCCCUUUACCAAGUGAUGAGUUAGGUUUGUUUUUGUUUUUUUUUUUAAUAAAAUGUUAAUUGUA